AUGGACUCCUCGGGGAGCGGCGAAGGUAGCGGCAGCAGCAGCAGCGGCGGCGACGCGAGCAGCAGGGCCACCGGCUCCACCACCUCCACCGCCUCGGUCCUGGCCGAGCUCGACUGGGACGAUGGGUUCGCCAUCCCCGUGGCCAGCGAGGAAAACAAGAGGCUGGAGCAAAAGUUUCAGAGUAUGGAAAAAGAAAAGGUCAGCUUGGAAAAUCAGGUGACUGACUAUGAAGAACGUAUCGCAGCGAUGAUAGCACACUUGAAAAAUGUCAAGCAGGAGUUUAAUUUGACACAGUCUCUUUCCAGAGCCAGAAAGAAUGAAAUUGAAACCGAACUGCAUUUUAAAGCCCUUGCAGAGAGAGAGCUGGGGCGCCUGAAGAGUGAGAUUCAAAGGCUGGAGAAUGAGAUGGUUUCGUUAAGGGAGAAGAAAAUUAGUCAAGAGAACAAUCUCUUCAAAUUGACUCAGAAGCUGGAAGCCUUAAGAUGCCAAAUGAACUGGGACCAACAGGCAUUAGAAGCUUGGUUAGAAGAGUCCGCUCGUAAAGACAAUGAUUCCUUGGUGAUUCAGAAAUAUGCCCAGCAAGACGACAGCAAAAUAAGAGCGUUGACUAUGAAGAUCGAGAUGCUGACUGUGGACUGUAAUCACAGGCGCAAAAUUCUUGACAACGAGCUGACGGAGACCCUCGCCGCUCAGAUCGAGCUGGAUAAGGCAGCUGAAGAUUUUCGCAGGGUUCAUCGCGAGAGACAGGAGCUUAUCAGACAGUGGGAAAACACCAUAGAGCAGAUGCAGAGAAGAGAUCAAGAAAUAGACCAAUGUGGCCUGCUGUUAGCCCAGGCCAGGCGAGCGAUACGAGCCAAGGAAAGCGUGCUUAAGGACAAGAUCCAGUUUCUGGCGAAUGAGAGCGGCAACAACAUGGAGUAUGAGAAGAGGAUUGGCGUAGCUGAUCGGCAGGCUGCCAAACUGAGGGCAGAACACCAAAAAGAGGAGGCUAAUCGGAACCAGCUGCAGGACGAGCUGGAGACACUGAAAGCCACUGUGGAUGGGACUGCUUCUGAACUAGAACAGAUGAGAUCCUCUGUAGCUAACCUGAAGAGGGAAACCCAGGACAAAACUCUCAGGCUAAACUUCAUCAGGGACCAGAACGAGAGCCUUUCCAAGAAGCUGAAAUCUGUGACGGACCAAGCGUUGACGUUAGAUGAGAAAGCAGCCAGGUUGGAAGAGAUGCUGAAAGAGAAGGAGAGAACCAACAAGGAAAAAGAAACACUGGCACAGCAGAUGCGAGACACACACUUCAAGAAAACCAAGGAGUUACAGGAACUGAAAGAAAGAGAGAAGGGCCUCAGAGCUGAAAUCGAAGGAGGCCGGGGACUGAUGAAAAACCUCCACAGCCGGUUAGGCCGGCUGGAUGCAGAGACUCUCAAGCAACAAGAAAUCAUGUAUUCUCAGGAUUUCUAUAUUCAGCAAGUGGAGCGCAGGCUGUCACGCUUAAAGGGGGAGCUUAACACAGAUGAGAGGCAAGUUUUAGAAGCGAAACUCGAGGAACUUUCGAAGUUUGCAGAUGAGAAGAAGCAAGCGUGUAAUGUUUUGCAAGCCCAGCAGAAGAAACUUCAGAGCGAUAUUCACUUUAUCAAGCUGGCCAUGAAUAAGACUGGAGAAGAAAUGGCUGUUCUGAAUACCAGAUUGGAUGAACUGAACCUUUUCACUGACAAAUCAGAGAAGUUGCUAAAAAAAGCCAGAGCAGAUAAGCAGGAUCUGAUGAUCGAAGAUAACCUCUUGAAGCUGGAAAUGAAGCGGGUCAGGAACACGCUGUACAACAAGGCGGGGAAAGUUCUGUCUCUCGAGAAACGCAAGCAGCAGUUGAAAACGGCGAUGGAAGAAAGGACGGCGGAGAUCAAAGUUCACAAGGCGAUGCUCGAGAGCCAGAUCAGAAUCGCCGAGCAGGAGCGUCAGACGAUGAGCACCGAGUUUCACGAGCGGUUGAGCAAGAUCGAUAAACUGAGGAGCAGGUACGAGAUCAUCACCAUCGUCAUGAUGCCCCCCGAAGGAGAAGGAGAGGAGGAGAACAGUCAUGUCUAUUAUGUCAUCAAGGCUGCUCAGGAAAAGGAGGAUCUGCAACGCAAAGGGGACGUGUUGGAUGCCAAGAUCCAGCAAGCUGAAAAAGAAUGCGCCGCCCUGAAGAACACCCUGCACGUGCUCAAUAACUGCAACAGCAACUACCGAAACUCAUUAAUGAAAGUCACAGAGAGCAGCGAAGAGUAUGAAGAAAAGCUGCAACUGGAAAAAGAGAAAAGAGCCGCAGAUGAGAAAUACAGAUACAAGCGAAGGCAGAUCAAGGAGCUCCAGGAAGAUAUCCAGGCCAUGCAAAAUACUCUGGAUGACCUUUUAAAAGAGGAAGCUCUCUGCAAACAAAAUAUCAAGGAGAAAAAUGAACUCAUUUCACAACUGACCAAAGAAAUAGAAUCCCAGAAGCCUAAACUAGAGCGAGUCGUGAAACAGGUUUCCCGAUUAUCCAGAGACCUCCGCUCACUAAAGAAUACGGAGUCAGAAACAAUGGAAGAACAAGAUAUCGAUUUUCGUGAGCUGAAAGAGUUCGGCAAAUCUAUUGAUAAAAUGCUGCUUGAUAUUUCGAACGCAAAUCCAGAGUUAAGCUCAGUCUUCCAGACGUAUUUUGAACAGGCUGACUUAUCCUUCCCUCCAGUGUCUUGCCAUCUUAGUGCUCACUCGUCCACUCACAGCUCAUCGCCCUUGAGCAUGUCCCCAAAGAGCUCCACCUCAUCAUCUAGUCAGCAACACCUUAAAGUUGUCUCUUUGACUUUACCCUCUGCGGCUGUGGUUUCUUCACGCCCUUCAACCCGAAGCAGCAGCUCCGGCACCUCUCGCAGCAGGACCUCAAAGUAGUGUUCAGGGCUGCCCAGUUAUAUAAUGUUGAGAGAAUAGGAGUU